CGAAAGUAAAAAAGAUGAAAAACAGAUGAGAUUAUUCUCAGAGACAAUGAAACACUUUGAAAGGGCAAAGUGAAGAGAAAGACAAGGGAAAAAGAGGAGAGGAGAACAGUCUCCAAAACGAGUGUCUCUGAGGAGCAUGUGGAGAGGGGAGCUGCCUCUAAAAUGAGUGUCUCUGAGGAGCAUGUGGAGAGGGGAGCUGCCUCUAAAAUGAGUGUCUCUGAGGAGCAUGUGGAGAGAGGAGCUGCCUCUAAAAUGAGUGUCUCUGAGGAGCAUGUGGAGAGGGGAGCUGCCUCUAAAAUGAGUGUCUCUGAGGAGCAUGUGGAGAGGGGAGCUGCCUCUAAAAUGAGUGUCUCUGAGGAGCAUGUGGAGAGGGGAGCUGCCUCUAAAAUGAGUGUCUCUGAGGAGCAUGUGGAGAGGGGAGCUGCCUCUAAAAUGAGUGUCGCUGAGGAGCAUGUGGAGAGGGGAGCUGCCUCUAAAAUGAGUGUCUCUGAGGAGCAUGUGGAGAGGGGAAUAUCUUACAACAGGGUGAAGCAGGAGGAAAACGUAGAGACUCAAAGCCAUCUGUCGAUGAAGUCUGAUUGGUCAGAACACAGAUUUAUAAACUUCAGUGAGCAGGACUCGCCUGAUAGAAGGGUCCUGCAGCCAAGUUGUCUGCAGAAGAAUGAUGAGUUUUUCAAGUUCAUAUACAAACUGAAGGAUAUUAUGAGGUUUGAACAGGAUGAACUGAAAGAAUUCAGGAGGCAUUUAAGUCAGGAUUACCCAGAAAUCGGUGCAGGCCAACUGGUGGACUGUGAUACCUUGGUUGUCCUUAAGAAGAUGGUAGAGAGCUGUGGUGAAGAGAGGGCUCUGGAGAUUACACAGUGCAUACUGAGAGACAUGGACAUGAAGAAGCUCACAGAGUCAGAGGACAAGUUGACAAGAAUGUGUCAAAUGAAAAUGAAAGUCAAGUUGAAAAGAAAAUAUGAACACAUACUGGAGGGGAUCGCAAGUCAAGGAAAUCAAACACUCCUGAGUAACAUCUAUACAGAACUCUAUAUUACAAAAUGUGAGAAGGAAGAUGCUAAAAAUGAUGGCAAUGAAAUGAAUGAAGUGGAGAUAUUAGCCAGAGCACGAAGUGCAAAACAGACUACAAUCAAAUGCAAUGACAUCUUUAAACCUUUAAGUGGACAAAGUAAUCGCAUCAGAACUGUACUGACAAAGGGCAUUGCUGGGAUUGGAAAAACAGUCUCAGUUCAGAAAUUCAUCGUUGACUGGGCUGAUGGAGAAGCAAAUGAAGAUGUUAUUUUCGUGUUUCCUCUUCACUUUCGGGAUCUUAAUCUAGAGGGAGAUAAAGAAUACAGUCUAAUGCAACUUCUUCAAAAGUACUUUCCAGAGUUAAAGGAGCUUAGUACUGAAUUUUACAAGUUUAAAGUUUUAUUCAUCUUCGAUGGACUAGAUGAGUGUCAGUUUCCUCUUAAUUUCCAGACAAAUGACUUUUCCUCUGAUUUAACAAAGAAAACAUCAUUGGAUGUAUUGCUGACCAACCUCAUUAAGGGGAAUCUGCUUCCGUCUGCUCUCAUCUGGAUAACCUCCCGACCAGCGGUAGUCAAGCAGAUCCCUCAUGAAUAUGUAGAUCAAGUGACAGAGAUAAAUGGAUUCAGUGACCCCAAGAAGGAGGAAUAUUUCAAAAAGAGGUUCAGGGAUCACAAACAGGUUCAAAGGGUGAUGUCACACCUGAAAAAUUUAAUAAUCCUUGAUGUUUUGUGUCACAUACCAGUCUUUUGCUGGAUUUCAGCUACUGUCCUUGAGCGAAUGUUGAGUGAUGAAGGCUGUAGUGGAAUCCCAACAACUUUGACGCAAAUGUACAUACACUUCCUGCUCAUUCAGAUAAACAUGAAGAAACAGAAGUUUCAAGGAAUCCAUGAGGCAACCCCAAAGGAGUUGUUAGAAGCCGAAAAACUAUUCAUUCUGAAACUGGGAGAAUUGGCAUUCAAACAACUGGAAAUGGAGAAGUCACUAUUUGACGAAGAUGACCUGAAAGAGUGCAGCAUUGACGUCACUGAGGCCUCAUUGCUCUCUGGGUUGUGUACAGAGAUCUUUCCUGGGGAAGACGUGGCGUCUCCGAGGAGAGUGUUCAGCUUUGUGCACCUGAGUGUUCAGGAGUUUCUGGCUGCUGUGUAUGUGUUUGAAUGUUUUACAAACAGAAAUAAGAAUUUACUUCACCAAUAUAAAUCCAGCAAGGCCAAACUAAGGAUUACUGACCUACACAAGAGUGCAGUAGAUCGGGCCUUGAAGAGUCGGAAUGGACACCUGGACCUCUUCCUCCGCUUCCUUCUUGCCAUGUCAAUAGACUCCAACCAGAUACUCCUACGAGGACUCCUGCCAGUAACAGAGAACAGCUCACAGAGUCACGAGGAAACAAUCACAUACAUACUGGAGAAGAUAAGGGGGAAACUGAUUCCAGAAAAAGCUGUGAAUCUCUUCUUCUGUUUGAAGGAAAUGAACUACAGUUCUCUAGUGGAAGAACUCAAAACAUACCGGGACUCACAUUCAUAUGCAGAACUGUCUCCUACAGAAUGGUCAGCCAUUGUGGUUUUGUUGCUGAUAUCAGAGAAUGUACAGGAAGAGUUUGAUUUGAAGAAAUACAUCAGAUCUGAAUUUUCACUACUAAUAAUAUUGUCAGUGGUGCAACUCUAUAAAAUCGCUCUGCUGGACCAGUGUAACCUCACAGAGAAAAGCUGUAGAGCAAUGGCCUCCACUAUCACCUCAGGGUCAUCACUUCUGAGAAAGUUAGAUCUGAGCAACAAUGACCUGCAGGAUUCAGGAGUGAAGCUACUUUCUGAGGGACUGAGGAACCCACAGUGUAAACUGGAGAGUCUGAGGCUGAAUCAGUGCCACCUGUCAGAGGAAUGCUGUGAGGCCUUGGCCUCAGUUAUCAGCUCAGACUCCUCACAGCUGAGAGAGCUGGACCUGAGCUACAACGACCUGCAGGAUUCAGGAGUGAAGCUGCUCUCCGAUGGACUGAUGAAUCCACAAUGUAAACUGGAGAUACUGAGGCUGUCGGGCUGUCAAGUCACAAAGGCAGGUUGUGCUUCUCUGGCUUCAGCUCUGAAGUCAAACCCCUCACAUCUGAGAGAGCUGGACCUGAGCUACAAUCAGCCAGGAGAGUCAGGAGUGAAGAGGCUUUCUGGUUUGCUGCAGCUUUCUCGCAUCAAACUGGAGAAACUUCGAUUGACCUGGUGUAAUCUUAAAGAGGAACUCUGCGAAGAUCUGGCCUCAGUUCUCAGUUCAGAAUCCUCACAGCUGAGAGAGCUGGACCUGAGUGACAACGACCUGCAGGAUUCAGGAGUGAAGCUGCUCUCUGCUGGACUGAGGAAUCCACACUGUAAACUGGAGACACUGAGGUCAGUACUGCUAAGGAACUGUAACUGUAAAGAGAAGAUUCUGAAGUUAAUAGUACUGAGGGAUUCACAUAUUAAUAUGAACACAUUUAUGUUGCAGGUGUUAAAAUUAAGUGUGAAUGGAAUAUUUUGGUUUGUUUGCCUGUCUGUCUGCAGGUUGUCAGGCUGUCAAGUCACAGAGGUAGGUUGUGCUUCAUUGGCUUCAGCUCUGCAUGCAAACCCCUCACAUCUGAGAGAGCUGGACCUGACCUACAACUACCCAGGAGAGCCAGGAGUGAGACUGCUCUCUGCUGGCCUGGAGGACCCCAGGUGGAAACUGGAGAAACUGCACAUGGAUUAUGGUGGAGAAUGCAGGAUCAGAUCAGGACCAAGAAAAUAUGCUUGCCAGGUCACACUGGACCCCGACACGGCUCACAGACAGCUGUCUUUGUCUGAGAAGAACAGAAGGGUCACAUAUACAUUAGAGGAGCAGCCAUGUACUGACCUCGAGAGAUUUAACUUCUGGUUUCAAGUUUUGUGCAAAGAGGGUCAUUCUGGCCGCUGCUACUGGGAGGCUGAGUGGGGGGGGGAAUUCGGAGCUGGGUUUGGAGUGACAUGUAAAGAAAUCAGUAGGAAAGGGAUGGGUUAUGACUGUAUGUUUGGAGGGAGUCACCUUUCUUGGGCUUUACGUUGCCAUGCGGGGAAGGAUUGUCUUGCCAGUCACAAUAAGAUGCACACUUGCAUUUCUGUCACCCCCUCACCUAAAGUUGGAGUGUAUUUAGACUGGCCGGCUGGUACUUUAUCCUUUUACAAAGUCUCCUCUAAUGAAUUGACCCUCCUGUACAGAUUUACCUCUACAUUCACUAAGCCCCUAUAUCCAGGGUUUUGGAUUUCGAAUAAAGGCUCAUCAGUGUCCCUCUGCCAGAUCGACUAAAGUAGUUUAGCCCAGUCUUGAGCAUUCAUAUGAAGAGGCUGAUUUGACAUAAUUUAAAACAGGGUUUAAAUAUAGAUAGAGCCUGGUAGAGCCCAGCUUCGCCUCAUCAUAUCUAAAACACACCUUGCCUGAGGACAGCUCCACCUCCUUACACGUUAACAUUAACCUUUAAUGUCCCAAACUUUAGUAAAUGACUCACAGUUAGUGCUUUAAUAAAAUGUCAGUUUUCCACUAAAAAUCAUGUUUUCCAUCAGCUUUUAUUAUUUUUCAUUAAUAACUCUGACCCAACAUUCAUUUCUCAAGUGAAUGACAGAUGCCAGCAUGAUGCCCUGAAUUCUGACCCAUGGUUUUGGGGUCUGACUUACUUUACUUACCAUACUGCUGCUCAAACUUGACUUACUAGCUAGACUCUGAGGUACAACAUGUGUAAAAAGAAAUUUGUGAAUAGCUUGAUAAUGCAUUUUCGAGUUUCAUUUACAUGCUAUGUUUUCAAAAAAAAUCAAGAAAUAUUUAAUCACGCAAUAUACAGUACCCAUAUAAAAUAAAAAUACCUUUUUAGUCAGUUUUUAGUUUAUUUUGCAUUGCUUUAAAGUGGUGACACAGCAGACCAACAAAUUAAGAUACUGCAUUGUUAAGAUUGUGAUCAUAGAUAUACAUAAUUACUAAUAAACUAAUGUAGAGUGGCUCAUUUAAGCCCCGCCCCCUGCCAUGUACCUCGCACUAUCUCUAUAAACUGCCAGUAACUCUGUUUAUAGCGUAUAAUUUAGCAGUUUGCUUGCCAGGCUGUGCUGAUUAUUACACGUUUAAGCUGUAUGACUUUAAUCACAUUUGCAUUCAUAUAGAUUUGAAAAUGACAAUAUCUAAAAAAGCAUUUAUAACAUGUUUAUUAUACAUGAGGUUUAGAUUGGUAAGUAAACUGGUUUAAAGUUUAAUAUUGAAAUUGUCUGUUUCCCACCUUGUUAAGUCAUUGUUGAUGAAAUCAUAAACGUGAUCAGUGUCUUCACAUAGAAGGGUAUCAUUAAUAAUUAAUAAUAAUAUAUAACUAAAGGUAGACAGAGCAAAUUUGUUAAAGGAGAGCAUCAAACUGGUAGCCCUUCGUAUGGCUCAGUAUCUGUGAAGUAGCUCUCAGUUUAGACAAUGAAAAUCUAUUUGUAACUGAGUGAGAAAAUCACAGCCUGAAUUUUAUAUGAAACUUGUAUUAAAUAUUUAUAGUAUAUAGUACAUGUAUAGUAUAUGUAUUAUAUUGUAGUGAUGAUGUUCUGUUGUAUUAUAUGGUGUAUAUAUAUGUUUUAGUUGCUGUAGAAACCAAUAACAAAUAAAAACUUAAAUAUUUUAAGCCUG